AUGGCGGGGAGAUCAUCAUCGGGGUUCGGAUCGAUGGCGACGAUGAUCGUCACCAACACGCCGGCCAAAGACCUCGCGUACUCCAACUUCGCCUUCUGCUCGCCCUCGGAUCUCCGGACCUUCUCCGUCGCCGGAUCGAAGCACGCCUUCGCUCUCGUCGGCAAUUCGUUCGUCUUGUCAAUAUCAUCACAUGAAAGCAUACCUAAUGGCAACAUUGCCCUCAACGCGAUCCAACGUCGACAUGCAAAAGUAUCUUCUGGGGACUCAGUAUCUAUAAGCAGAUUCGUUCCACCUGAGGACUUCAACCUAGCACUUCUUACUCUUGAAUUAGAGUUUGUAAAGAGAGGAGCAAAAGAUGAGCAGGUUGAUGCUGUUUCGUUGGCUCAGCAGAUUCGGAAGAGAUUUAUCAACCAGGUUAUGACAACCGGACAGAAGUUUACAUUCGAGUAUCAUGGCAAUGGUUUUAUUUCCACGGUUAAUCAGGCUGUUUUAGAGGGGCAAGAAAAAUCAAAGAGUAUUGAAAGAGGGAUGAUUUCAACCGAGACAUAUAUUGUCUUUGAAGCUUCAAAUGCCAGUGGAAUAAAGAUUAUCAACCAGCGUGAAGCUGCUAGCAGCAACAUCUUUAGGCAGAAAGAGUUUAAUCUUGAAUCACUAGGUAUAGGUGGUUUAAGUGCAGAGUUUGCAGAUAUAUUUCGAAGAGCUUUCGCCUCAAGAGUUUUUCCGCCACAUGUGACUAAUAAGUUGGGCAUCAAGCAUGUGAAGGGAAUGCUGCUUUACGGGCCACCUGGUACAGGGAAGACUUUAAUGGCUCGCCAGAUUGGGAAAAUGUUAAAUGGGAAGGAUCCAAAGAUCGUCAAUGGGCCUGAAGUGUUGAGCAAAUUUGUUGGUGAAACUGAGAAGAAUGUGAGGGAUUUAUUUACUGAUGCUGAACAGGACCAGAGAACUCGGGGGGAUCAAAGCGACUUACAUGUUAUCAUAUUUGAUGAAAUUGAUGCUAUCUGUAAGUCAAGAGGUUCAACUAGAGAUGGUACUGGAGUUCAUGAUAGCAUUGUUAACCAGCUCCUGACAAAGAUAGACGGUGUUGAGUCUCUGAACAAUGUGUUGCUGAUUGGGAUGACCAACAGAAAGGAUUUACUUGAUGAAGCACUUUUAAGGCCUGGGCGUUUGGAAGUCCAAGUGGAGAUAAGCCUUCCUGAUGAGAAUGGUCGUUUACAAAUUCUUCAGAUUCACACAAAUAAGAUGAAAGAAAAUUCUUUUCUUGCUCCUGACGUGAACUUGCACGAACUGGCUGCUCGGACAAAGAAUUAUAGUGGUGCAGAGCUUGAAGGUGUUGCAAAAAGUGCAGUAUCGUAUGCUUUAAAUCGGCAAUUAAGCAUGGAUGACCUAACAAAGCCAGUGGAUGAGGAGAGUAUCAAAGUCACCAUGGAUGACUUUUUGAAUGCCCUUUAUGAAGUUAGACCAGCAUUUGGAGCUUCCACCGAUGACCUUGAACGCUGCAGACUUAAUGGCAUGGUGGAUUGUGGUGCACGACAUGACCACAUAUAUAAGAGAACAAUGCUACUGGCUGAACAAGUAAGAGUGAGCAGAGGAAGCCCACUAGUUACUUGUCUUCUAGAAGGUCCCAGCGGCAGUGGUAAGACUACAUUGGCAGCUACUGUUGGGCUUGACAGUGAUUUUCCGUAUGUCAAGAUAAUCUCAGCUGAAACAAUGAUUGGGCUUAGUGAAAGCAGUAAAUGUACUCAAAUUGUCAAGGUAUUUGAAGAUGCUUAUAGGUCACCAUUGAGCAUUAUCAUUCUUGAUGACAUUGAGAGGCUACUGGAGUAUGUUGCAAUUGGACCUCGGUUUUCUAAUUUAAUCUCUCAGACAUUAUUGGUUCUUCUCAAAAGGCUUCCUCCCAAGGGGAAAAAUGUUCUCGUGAUCGGUACUACGAGUGAGGUGUCUUUCUUGGAUUCAAUUGGCCUUUGUGAUGCCUUUUCUGUCACAUACCAUGUUCCAACCCUGAAGACAGAAGAUGCUAGAAAGGUACUACACCCGCUUAAUGUUUUCUCUGAGGAUGAUGUUGAUGCUGCUGCUGAGGCCUUGAAUGAUAUGCCAAUCAAGAAGCUUUACAUGGUGGUUGAAAUGGCUGCUCAAGGCGAACAAGGUGGAGGAGCAGAAGCCAUUUACUCAGGCAAAGAGAAGAUCAAAAUCGCUCAUUUCUACGAUUGCCUUCAGGAUGUAGUUCGGUAUUAGCAGGGAAGUUUGCUUCCAUCAUGAUUCCUCAAGGUUUAUAGCCUAUACAAACCGAGUUUUUUGAUUUGCUUGAUUGACACCUUCUACUGAGCAUACACGGCUUUGGAGGUAGCACUGUACUGGAUUUGAUUAGAUUAUCUACAACUCUCCUGAAUCUGGUGAUAACUAAUUUAUUUUUUUUUAUUUUUUUUAUUUCUAUACGACUUGUAGAAGUUUUGGCAAAGAGGUGAAGUUGAUCAAAGUUUUGCGAUUUUGCGACUUUCCUUUGAUGAUUUUUUCUUUAGAGAGAUGACCUAUGGAUUGGUUUGUAUUUGUGUACUGUGAUUUCCAUUUGGUCAAUGUAUUGUGCCUGAAUUUCUGUA